AUGACUUGGUAUGUCCGCUGCAAGUCCCAUAGUGCUUCGCUUCCAUGCAAUUGGCAGCUAAGAGCCACUCUAAGAUGCACACAUAACAUAUGGAAAAUUGUAACAUUUGUGAAGGAACACACGUGUGUGCGAGUUUCGAAUUCCAAUGACCACCGACAGUUGAGUUUGGAACUCAUAGCCGAGUACAUAAUACAUUACGUCCAGAAUGGUCCGUUAUAUGCCAUCAAAGAAAUACAAACGAGCAUUAAACGUGCUUUUGAUACGGAUGUUUCGUACAAAAAAGCAUGGUAUGCUAGGCGACGUGCGAUUGAUAUUGUGUAUGGUGAUUGGCCAACUUCUAUAGCUGCGCUCCCUACGUACAUGCAGGAAUUGGUUAAAGCCAAUCCUGGAACAGUUGUUGAGUGGAAGCACCAUCCGCAAAGUAGUACUGGAUGCAUCAUCUUUCAUUACGUGUUUUGGGCAUUUGGGCCGGUAAUCGAGUCAUUUCGACACCUUAAGCUAGUUAUUUGUGUUGACGGCACAUUUAUGAAGGGUACAUACAAAGCAAAAUUAUUGGUUGCUGUUGGUUUUGAUGCCUCCAAUCGGCAGUGGCCACUUGCAUUCGCACUUGUAGACGAAGAGACAAAUCGGAGUUGGACAUGGUUCAUGUCGCAUUUGCGACGUCAUGUGUGCCGUGAGGUGGAAAAUAUUUGCGUUAUUUCGGAUAGGCACAAGGGCAUAACACAUGCUAUGAAUACUUUACCAGAGUGGAAAGAACCGUUGGCCGUGCACCGAUACUAUUUAAUACACGUGCAGAGGUCCCAAAAUUUUCGAAAUCAAAGAUUGAAGGAUCUUAUGUGGGCUGCCGGUGCAGCAAAUCAAGCCAAAAAAUAUGAGGCAUUUAUGGAACAAAUAUGGUUGUUAAAUGAAGAGGCGUAUAAAUGGUUGAAUGGUGGUUCUGUAAAACCGGAACAAUAG